AAGCUUAUCUGGAAGCAGAUCCAAUAUGAUCUUGCCGGUAUUAGCCCUGCCACACUGACACUAUGGAAGGUCGAAGUCAGCGAAGGAAACAGAAAGUGGGAAAUACUUGAAAAGUCUCACACCGAAAUUGAUAUCAAACAAGAGUUUGGAGGUGAGAAGUUGUUCUCAACUACAAAGUUUAAAGAAACUUUUCCAGGAAAACUUCCAGACAAUGUCGUUCAUUCGAAAAAAUGCAUAUAUCGAUCAGGAAAAAGAAGCCGAGAUGAUUCAGACGAGAAAGGUGAAGGCCAAGAAAGUAAAAAAGGUAUAAUGAAACUUCCCGAUAUUUGUAAUGUUUAUUCAAGCCCGAAAAAUUUCCUUUCAUUGCCAUUCCCAUAUCCCGGAUCAAAUAUACCAGUAGAUAGGUUUGCCAUUAAUGAAGAUGGUAUGGGAAGAAAAGAAUUUAACAAUGUUUAA